AUGAAAUGUGUAAAGACAAUAAUAUUCCUUUUUCUGAUUUUGAUAGACAAUUUGAAUGGGAGAGUCGAUGAGCCUCUUGAGGAUAAUGACUCGGCACUUCACUUGGCGUGUCUGUAUGGCCACCUACCUUGUGUUCAGCUUCUCCUAGAAAGAGGGGCUAAUAUGGAAGUCAAGGAUGAAGAUGAAGCAAUUCCUCUACACGAUGCUUGUGCUGGAGGAUACUUAGAAAUAGUACAGCUUCUUUUUAGCCGAGCUAGUGGCCCUGAAUCUGUGAAGAGAAUGAUGGAAACAGCCGAUAUAGAAGGAGACACUCCUCUGCAUCAUGCAGCAAGAGGUGAGCAUGUUGAUGUGGUUAGGUUUUUGCUGGGUUCAGGUGCAUCACCAAGGACAGAAAACUCCUAUGGGAAGACAGCAGGUGAGUUAGCUGAUUUAAACACUGAUGCUAGGAGGAUCUUAGAAGAAGCUAUAAACAACUCAACAGUAUCCUAGUGAUGCUCUGCGAAGUCUGCAGAAUCCAUCGGCCAGUUUUGGCGAGCCAAUGAAGAGUAUUAGGGAAGGACUUAUAUAAAUGUUAACUUUUCUUAAUCCUAUUUUUUUUGGGUGGUUUUAUAUACAAAGGUUUUCAAAUCUGAUACAUAUGCAUUAAGAAGGUUGUGUCUGUUUUAAUCAUGAAAUUAUGAGUGUUUUCGUUAAGCGUAUA